ACCGGUAUCCACAAAUUCGAAAAAUGCCAUCACACGAAAUGAAUCCUACAAAAGUAAUCUUUGGCUCCGUGCAAGAAAAAACAUAACCCACGCCCUGUUACAAUUUGCGAAACAGCAUGAAACUCGCAUCUCCAUAACUCGUAGGAAGUUUGAAGUUCGCAGCAGCAAAUAGGUGGGAAGAUAAUGGGUACCGAGAAGCAGCAGCACGAAGUCGUUCUUAUCGCGCGAAAGAAACUUUUAGCUUGCCAGUGAACGGAGUGACAUAAAUUUAAAGGAAUACCGGAUUUGAAAACGCUACCAAGAAACCACCAGGUGGAUAGAAGAACCUCGACGUUAUUCAGGAUGAACGGUGCUCUGGUGGUCGUGGGGAUGGUCGUCGUAUCCAUCUUGCUCGCAAGUAUCCUGGCAUACGAGAGCAGGGCCACGAGAAGAAGUACAGAGAUGGAAGUUAGUACUAAAAAUUCCCUGGACGAGGACCUACAAGACAUCCUUGAAUUCGUCCCUUUGAAAGAGGUGGAAAAAAUAAUCAAUGAUUAUCUCAUGUACGACAAGCAGAUACACGAGACUGUACAGUUUGUGGACGAGAUGAAAAAUUUCGUCCUGGAGGAUUUAAAACGGAUUCCUGGUAUCCUGAAUUUUAUGAAUUAUUUACAAUCUCAGGGAUUGGAUAUGGAGAAUUGGUCCAGGAAGAUAAAAGGAUUCUGGAUGUGCAAGCCUAAUUUCGUAGAAUCCAAUCAGAAGAUGGCAUCCGGUGGACUCACGACGAUGAUCAAUAGGAUACAGAAGAUCCUUCCCAAGGAAGAGCUCCACGAAUAUCUUCGUCAAAAGCUUCGUUACUCGCGGAGCUUUCGUAAUUUUAUAAUACUCAUAAGCUCCGAUCACUUCGUCGAACUUUGCGAGUCCGUCGAGAAGAGCGUAGGGCUACAGAGAGAAUAUUUCUGGGCGACCGAAGCUGGCAUCGAGACAACGUUCACUUUGGAGCUGCUGAAGGAUCUAUACGUGUACCUAACGGAGACUCUGGUCUGAUGUAUACAAGGUGGAGAGAGCUUAAGAGUAUAAAAUAACAGAUUCGAUAAGACGUUGAGUAAACUAAAGAAAGAAGCCGAAUGACCCCGGAGUGGUAGUAGAUAAUCCAAAGCUGAGGUAGUAGGAUUUACUCGUGAAGCAGAUCCCCGAUCGGUAUCGGGACAAUUCCGAAAUCCUGAGAAGAACUUGGAGACUGGAGAAAGUUCGAGAUUUCGAUUGGUUUCAUUUCGAAAUCCGACAGCGGAAGGUCUCCUCGGGUAUUUCAACGGCCAGCUCCUGGACCAUCCUGAAGAGCCCGUGGGAUAGGAGGAAUUAAUUCCGCUCAGGAAGAUAUCCAGGGGUCUAUGAGUGGAAAGGCUACGGGGUGGGUUUCAGGGAGAAUUCUGAAGAGCAGAAUGGGCGAGUUGGUUAGGUGGUAAAGCGUGGGAGGAUGCGAAGAGAAAGAGGUGAAGGAAUAGGAGCAGGGAGAUAGGUGGGGAGCCACUGUGGGAGCACGAGGAGGUGAAUGUGGAAGGUGGGCGAGGGCAAGCAGUUCGCGGUGUCUGCGGCAAACAAUUCCAAUUAACUUGCUGGAAUUGAAAUAGGACUCGUCCGUCCUGUCGGCCGACCUUUUGCAUUGUCCCCGAGCGAGGAUAAGCCUGCGCUUCCUUUCCUAUGUUUUUCUGAUUACACUCUCGGCCUAGGUUGCUAAUUAGUACCCGCCCUUAUGGGGACCAAAGGGAUUGCGGAUAACGAGGCUGACCGCUCUGUCAAACGAAAAACGAGCUGACACGAUGCUCCUGUCUGAUCUUGGUCAUAGGAUACGUACCUUGUUACAUGAACAGGAUCCACAGGGAUAUUCAGGGUGAUAACACGCGAAUGACAGAGAGUAAUGCAGAGUGCCUUAGCUGUCCAAAAUUAUAAUCCCAUACUCGUAUAUAUAUUCUGAUAAGAAGUUGCCCUUUUCCGUAGCGGAUCAAACGAUCAAAUGGAUCAAUUGAAUUUAAACGUUAAGUUUGCCCAAUCUCUUUUUCGGUUGCUUUCAAUGCCGGGAAGUUCAACUAUUAUCCGUGCCAUAAUGCCCAUCAUCGUCGGCACAGCCUCCCAUAUAGGACAGUCCCUCAGACAAUGCAGGUCCUGAGCUGCUCAGAUAUUGAAGACGCCCGAAAGCAGUGUGUACCAAUCCCAAUGUGUACCCAACGUCUAGCCCGACUCUCUACAUUAUUAAAUCCUUCCUUCCUACCUUCCUGCCGGGCUUCCUGGUUCCCCACCUUACGUAAAGGCUAGUUGGUCUGGGACAAUGACAGUCUUAGAGGGGACCGUAACAUCGGCUAUAUAUCUAGAUACCUCGAUCCUGCUCCAUCACAAAGCCCUAAACUUUUCUGUAGUUCUGUAGCACAGUUCGACUUUCUUCCGGCUCCCAACUUCGAACGAGCAAGGAUCUAAAUUUAUAUAUUUCUCGUCACUCCUUUGGCUCAGGAUUCCCAUAGACUUCAUCUUGGUCUAGCUUGUCUCUCCAGAUUUAUUUUCCUGAUUUUUUUUUCGCCGACUGGCUGCCACAAGCAACCGGAGUCCAGUGACGUAUUGGUACUCAGGUAUAAUUACCAGAGGGAUUUGUAAAAUCGUCGCUACUUUUUUUUUUAUCAGAGUUCGCUUCAGUGAAAACGCGUAUUAGUCUCGUUCAUUCCAGAGGUGGCUUAAUCCUUGAAAUAAUGUAACCUAUUUGU